AGAGAGAGAGAGAGAGAGAGAGAGAGAGAGAGAGAGAGAGAGAGAGAGAGAGAGAGAGAGCCGUUUCCCAGCCGUGAGGCAUGUGAGUAAAUCCUGAACUCCUGUACGUCGAGUCGCUCGCGCGCUUCGAAACGACCUACGCGGAACCGUUAGCGUUUGUGCGCGCGUUGAAGAUGCGUCCAAACAACUCCGAAUCGAAGGCAAACGGAGCGUAGGAGCGGGAACUCAAAAGUUUUAUAAGUCUGUCGGAGAGGAGGCGCGGCCACGAGACCACAAGACGGUGAAUAACAAUGUUCUGAAGCAGAGGAAGAAUAAAGGCGAUGAAACCGGUGACGCGGAGCGGGAGGCGGAGGUCCCUCGCGCGCCUCUGCUGCGGCGGGUUCGGGCUGCUCGCGCUCGCGUGCCUCGCGCGCCUCCAACACCUGACAGUGACCGAAUCUUCAAGCUCGGAUCCUGCCGAAGACGUCGGCCGCGACUGGACCGGACGCAAGCUGAUGCAAGACGGAAUCGAGAACCACACUCUCGAACCGCCUCGAGCAGCCAUCCACGAGUUCCCUGAAGACAUCUUUACUAAGGAACAGAGGAAGAGGGGGGCUGUGCUGCUACAUGUGCUGUGUGCCAUUUAUAUGUUCUACGCUCUUGCUAUCGUCUGUGAUGACUACUUCGUCCCCUCCCUGGAGAAGAUCUCAGAGAACCUACAGCUCAGUGAGGAUGUGGCCGGGGCUACGUUCAUGGCUGCUGGAAGCUCCGCCCCUGAGCUCUUCACCUCUCUGAUUGGUGUGUUCAUCACUAAGGGGGAUGUGGGAGUGGGCACGAUCGUCGGGUCAGCUGUCUUCAACAUCCUCGUCAUCAUUGGAGUGUGUGGCAUCUUCGCUGGUCAGACGGUGGCUCUUACCUGGUGGUCUCUGUUCCGAGACUCGUCCUACUACAUCCUCUCAGUUCUGGCUUUGAUCUUGGUCAUCUAUGAUGGGAGGGUUGUGUGGUGGGAGUCCAUACUCCUGAUCUCCAUGUACGGAGUUUACAUUCUCAUCAUGAAAUUUAACAGUCAGAUUGCUGGCUUCGUGACGCACCAGUGUAGAGGUCCAGACCGGUGCUGCCUACGAGGAGAAACCCCUCGAAUCGACGACGCUGCCGAGGAUGGAGCCAACUGCAAUACGUCCAUGGUGCUUCUGAGAAAAGGUCAGUCUGGUGCAGCACAGCAGGACUCUCCAGUAGUGAUGGUGGAUGAGCUGCUGAUCCUCAGGCCUCACCAGCUGUCUUUUCCGGAGGCGGGGCUACGCAUCAUGAUCACACCCCAUUUUUCACCUCGCACUCGUCUCAGCAUGGCAGGCCGUGUUCUCAUCAGCGAAAGACAGAGGCUGAUAAGGGAAUCAGAGCAGAGAGGAAGCCCGGUGAAAUCAUUUGGCUCUGGAGGGAUUGAGAACGGAGGGAGCGUGGAGCGACCCCUUCAGGAUGGAGAGAGGAUAGAUAUAGAUGGAGCCGUGAAAGCUGAUAACCCUCUGCCUGAGGAAGAGGACUAUGGUGAUGAAAUCUUCAGACCUCUACGUGUGCCAGAUGGUUGUGCAGCCCGUGUUAAGUGGGUAGUAUCAUGGCCACUGGGUGUGCUGCUGUACUACACCGUCCCCAACUGCAUUCUGCCCCGCUGGCACCGCUGGUUCAUGGCCACCUUUAUCACUUCCACGCUCUGGAUCGCCAUCUUCUCCUACAUGAUGGUGUGGAUGGUCACCAUUAUCAGCUACACCCUGGGCAUCCCGGAUUACAUCAUGGGCAUCACCUUCUUGGCAGCGGGCACCAGUGUGCCGGAUUGCAUGGCUAGCCUGAUCGUAGCUCGCCAAGGUAUGGGAGACAUGGCAGUGUCUAACUCAAUAGGCAGUAAUAUAUUUGACAUCUUGCUGGGCUUGGGCUUUCCGUGGAUGCUCAGGACACUGGUGGUCGAACACGGAUCAUCGGUGCUCAUCAACAAUAAAGGUCUGGUGUACUCAGUUAUCCUGCUACUAGCAUCCGUCUUCCUCACUGUGCUGAGCGUUCACCUGAACGGCUGGAAGCUGGACCGGCGUUUGGGUUUGGGCCUCCUGCUGCUUUACUCAAUCUUCCUCCUCUGCUCCAUCCUCUUUGGGCAGCUUUAAAAACAAAAACAAAAAAAGAAAACAAAAAAAAAAAACACCACCUCCUGUACAUCCCGACUUACAUCCAAGUCCAACAGUCAGACCAGUUUUUAGUUCUUGUUUCGAGUUUGAUUUAUUCACACUGGACACGGUGUUAACCUGAGCUGAAACUCAGGCUAAGCAGAUACAGUGGAGGAACACUAAAGACAGACAGACGGAUUAACGGCUCAGAACGAGAUACCGAUGCCGCCUCUGUCUGGAACGACUAAUGCAGUUACACUGUACAUGUACAGCUUUGUUUUUCAGUUCACACACUGAAUCAUUGUCAAAGAGAGUUCCACUUGUCCACAAAAGCACCACUGCCUUCUGCCAGUAGAUAAACCAGCGGUGAAGGUGAUCAUAUUCAUAACGUUUUGGGUUCGAAGAUGUAGCAUUUGCUCCUAAGACAUGCACCUUCUUCACUGUGGCUGUGCAUCUAGGAACAAGUCGGUAUCAAAGCUAAUCAGCCUGGAUGAACAAUCGCCUCGGAAUCACUACGUGUUUAGAUUCACUGUUAAUCGUUCAGAUGAUGCUUUCAUCCCAAAGUGGACUGCACGUGAGACUGAAUCCAAGCACAUAAUCUGAUCCAAGCACAACCAAGCAUUCGAGGGAUCUGAGAUUACAGGACAAGACUUUAAACCUCAGAUAUUAAAGUAGCGGUAUGGGACCUGAAAACUUGACGAAGAGCCAGUUGCACCAGGUGAACAGUUGAAAGAUUGAUCGCGUAAACAAAUACAGACACCAGGUCUGUCUAACUUAGUAAUGUGUAACGUUAUCGUAGAACAAAUCAUAUUGUCUCAUGAUACGAUGUUAAUAUUCAACACUACAUCCACAAUUAAAGAUGGGUCCGGAAGAAGAGUAGCGAUAAAUACGGUAUCUAUCAAUAUCGGGUUUAUUCCGUGCUCACGUGCGUAUUAUACCGCGUGAUACUUUAUAACGUCAGCCUCGUGCGUCUUCCCUCCUUAAUAAACAGUGAUGUUGGUUUUCUUUUUAGCAAAUUAAAUGAUAGCAAAUUUCGAGGGGGGGGAUUAAUAUCUUCUGCAAUAUCUAAGCACGAGGCCACUUACCCUAGCUAUCUCUCUCUCAGUCUCUCUCUCCCUCUGUCUCUCUUACCCUACCUAUCUCUCUCUCUCUUACUCUACCUAUCUCUCUCUCUCAGUCUAUCUCUCUCUAUGUGUUUCUCUGUCUCUUACCCUAC